GUCGCGCCGCUGAACGUAUCAGAACCGCACCGUCCGCCGUGUAAGCAACAUCGAGGCCAUCGCCAAAGCCACUCUGACGUCUGUCCAAAGCCCUGUAGCUUUCCGUGCACAGGUUACGCAUUCUCAGCGCUCGCACUCUGUAUCGCGCUCACUCUCGCUCUCCUUCUCUGUGCACGUCUCUCGCGAUCUACGCAUCGCGAGUUCAAUUUUCCUGCUAGACAGCACCACACCGCCGCAGUGGGUCGUUUUUCGCGAGUUCGCGAAAGGCACGCAAAAACCCCGCGAUCGCAAACCUGAGUGGUCUGAGUGACUGAGUGGCGUCGCUGACUGAGGCAGCCCGUGCGGUAUACAGUGGGCCGAACGCAACCCGGGAAGAUCAUUCGCUACUGUGAGUUCGAGCCGAUCGGACGCACCAGCUCCGGCUUCAAACUUCAGCUGCUGAGUCGUGCUCUUUCCUAACCACUUUUCUUCGCCCUUCCGCGUGUUUGUGCGUGUGUGCCCUUCCGGACUGUUUUUUUACGACUGCCCUGUUUUCGUUCUUCCGUCUGUGGCUUUGCAACGUACGAAAUGGAGAUUCUCGACCCGACCGGUUACUACUAGGCGCGUGUGAACUGAAAGCUGUGCAAAACCGAACGAAAAUCGCGAGCGAAGUGCUAUUAUCGCAAGAUCGAAAAAGUGCACCACCGUUUGCCGGAACUGUUAAGCAUUACCAUCGCGAAAGACUUUUACUAGUGUCAUCAGUGUUUCUGUUUUGUGUUGGGAAAAGUAAUUCUACAUCUGCAAGUCAAAAUGGCCAAGAAGCUGGAUCCCACUGGUCACUACUAGACGUCGGAAGGAAGGAGAGUGCUGAUCGUCAGAAAAGCAACGCGUAAUUGCUACCGCCGCCCGUAAGAAAAUCCAUUUCCGGGAGUGUUUGAAGAAAAGACCAGUAUUAAGAAGCUCCAAGAUGGCACGCAAACUCGACCCAACUGGCCACUACUAAAGCCGUCAGUUCGUCUUUAGACGAGUGAUCCGCUAAGCCAUACAUCGUUUACGUACCGCUAACUCUAACCUACCACGAUGGCGAUUAAAAUCUUGGAUCCCACGGGUUACUACUAGAAGUUGAUCUUCUAUCUGACUCCAAAAAGCAAACCCAGCAGACACUGACUGCUUCCGGCACGCGUCCCACUCCAACGAAGCAUCCAGCCAGUCUUAUCCAACUCAUCCGUACGAGGUUUUCCACUCGAACGAAACACAAAACCCCCCCACGAGCAAAACUCACCCCAAGAUGAAUCGUAAGCUCGACCCCACCGGAAUGUACCGGCGACCGGGUGGCAACGGUGUCACCAACUUCCAGCGCACCCCGUACCACCAUCAACAGCUGCAGAACCACCAGCGGAUGCCGCACCAUCAUCAGCAGCAGCAGCAGCAUCAAGUAAAGUGCCAUUACCUCGACCCGACCGGGCUAUACUAGCGGGGCCCACUAGGUAGCCUUGUUUGCGGAAGGAGAGCAUCGCGAGAGCCCAGCGAGCCUGUUGGGGAGGAAAAACGAGCAAGCACCGCAACCGCCGCGCUGGGAGGAAGGAUGGCGACGGAUCAUCCUUCGCCCGGCCGUACGAGUGUUCUGUGUGAUCCUGGUCAUCGAGUGUGCGCGCGUGCGUGAGUGUGUGCGGCUCGUGUUCGGGGCGCUGUGCUUUUCCUUCCCAUGGUCGUGAAUCUCUCGUGCUAGCAGCAGCACAAUGUGAUACUUUUACUGACGUAUUAGCGGAACCGACUGGCCCACCCUAACUCCCGGUCCCCUCUCCCAUCCCCGGGAAGUCUGUCACCGGACCGGACGAUGGUGGACGAUUUGCUCCAGCGAGGAAACAUCCAGCGAGACUGCCAGCGUUCCUCGGCCGGGGCACACCCGGAGGCUGGUUCGUGGAUGGAUCCAGUGGCGGCAGUGGCGGCGACCCGGUGGCAUGUACGAGGGGUAAUCGUAACCUACUACUAGUAAUUAUUAUUAUUAUUUUUGUUUUCUUGCUCGGUUAGCUCGGAUGGAGCUGUUAGGAGCAGGUCCUUUCGUUUUACAUUCUCUUUACACUCUCCUAGAACUGCUAGAACAGAAUGGGAAUUGAGGGACUAACUAGGAUCAUGCCCUGUUUUCCACGCAUACUCUUACACAUUUACACUUGGAACAGGGUUCGCGCGCUGGUUCAAGUCUUUAGUGCCUUAGAAAUGUUUUACUACUCACUGUCUCACCUAUACCUUAACUAUUACUUUUAAUAAUAUUAUUACUAUUGACUACCUUAAUGUUAAUCUUACUCGCCGUAAGACCGGCCACUGUCCGGUGGGCGCCCCUCUUCUCCAAACUACGAGUCUCACUGCUUAUGGUCGGUGUCGCCCAAACUCUCACUGCCCCUUUUGGCCUUUAAGUAUUUUAGACUAUCUCGCCUACACUACUCAUACUGCCUCCCAAUUCUUUAACCAUUUGUCACACUACCUAUCGUUCAGUUUUCGGUGAACGGAUGUUAUUUAACUACUUUUUAGUGCACCUUACUGCCAAGUUUAAGUCGCCGUUAGAGUUGUGGAGGAAGUGUUCCCCCCCUUUUUUUGUUUUAAAUAAUAAAUUAAUUAUUAUUUUAAUCUUUUGCGAGCAUUUGCCCUGCCACUGUACCGCGGCUCACCCGCACUACCCCGUCUACUGUUUUGUAGGAAUAUUGAUUGUGAGAUGAGGGGAAGAGAGGGAAUCUCGAGAGAGAGAGAGAGAAGGAGAGUAAAUGAAUCAGCCUCCAAACUGCCAAUAACGACACCACGCAACAGGGGGCAGCCUCCGGGCGAUUGGCCUCAUUGCUGUGGUGGAUUUUUAAUUUUUUUUGUAUUAUUAUUAUUUGCUCUGUUUUUCACGCGUUUGUGGAACGAAGUGUAGCGUAACUUUCCUGAGCCCUAGCCAGAACACCAGCAACCAAGCAAUAGAGCAAAACGGUCCGGUUACAAGAAGAUUUGAGGUUUUGAUUAUCGUAAGCUCUGGUUGCGAUUUUAGCGUCGUGGCCAGACCACACUCACACACAACUCGACUGCCAACGUUUACAGUAUCAUUCAAAUUCAGCACAGAAACCACGUGUCCGAAUUAGCGCGAAGGAAAGGAAACCGAUAUGAUGAUUAUUAUCAUUAUUAUUUUAUUAUAUAUUAUUAUAUUAUUACGGAAUACUUGUUGAACAUAUUAUUGAGGAAAACCAUAUAAAAACAACUAUUUAAAAAAAAACUUUAAAUCA